CUCCUUCGCCAGGUCUCACACAUCGCUCAGUUUCACAAUCGUCGGUGUGCAGCGAGUGAGUGUGUUACUUUUGUCCGAUAAACCGCAAAGUCAUACCGGAAAAAAUGACUUCCCUUCGACCGAUGGCUCCGGAGCUGGCCGAAAAAGCGAAGAACGAACUGAACGAGGUUCCGGCCCGUAUCCCGGAAGAUCUUGCAGCGCUGAAGGCAUGGCUCUCGAAGCAACCACAUCUCAAUCCGCGCACCGACGAUCAGUUUCUGGUGAAUUUCCUCCGUGGGUGUAAGUACAGCUUGGAGAAAACCAAAGAAAAGUUAGACAACUACUAUACCGUUAAGUCAGCCAUUCCGGAAUUCUUCGACAACCGCGAUCCAACGAAUGCGAAAAUUCAAGAAAAUGCUAUGCUAGGAGUGAACCUUCCGCUGCCGCACACGAUGGGGCCGGAUGGGCCACGAAUUGUGUUAGUGAGAAUGGGAGCUUACGAUCCUAGUAAAUAUUCCAUCGUGGACAUAAUGAAGGUCUGCUAUAUGAUCACAGAUCUGUUGCUUCUGAACGAUGACACAUCUAUCAUUGCCGGCCACAUGGUGCUUGUUGAUCUCCGAGGGCUGACUUUGUCAGCGUUAUCGCAAUUCAGUCCCACAUUUAUCAAGAAAAUGACAUCAGUGAUAGAAGCUUUCCCAAUCCGAACCAAAGGUAUCCACUUUGUGAAUCCAUCGACUGGAUUUGACGCUCUCUUCAAGAUGUUCCACGGAUUUUUGAGUAAAAAGAUUCAAGAGCGUAUCGCCGUACACGACACGUUCGAAGCACUGCACCAGGUUAUUCCGAAAUCGUUCCUACCGGAAGAAUACGGGGGCAGUGGUGGAAAGCUAGCUGCAAUCAUUGCGGAUUGCCGUGACAAUUUAAUAAACCACCGUCAGAUAUUCCUCGAAGAUGCCAAAUACCGUAACGAUGAGCGUAAACGACCAGGCAAGCCAAAAACCGCUAGCGCGCUGUUUGGUGUGGAGGGUUCUUUCAGAAGCUUGGAGUUUGAUUGAUGCAGUUUAGAAAAUCAGUACCGUGUUGAUAGACUUGGAAUAUUUGUUGAAAUACAUGUUUUGGUUGUCUUUUACAAAG